UGAAUCACUCCCAUAGAGUUGUUAAUUUUGUGAGACAACAUGAACUUUUAAAUUUUUUAUUUAUCGGACAUCGUUCGAUUCUUCUACGCCGGCUGAGUCACAAAAGAGUGACUGUCUGUUCCAGUCUGAUACAAACAAAAAUUGUUGCCUACAGUCACGUUGAAAGUAAUGAAAGUAGACGCAUUUGUUCGUUGUAUGGAAAUUAUGGAUUACGCAGAAUGUCGACCCAUGAUGUACUCAGUGGUCUGGAUGAAAUCCAAGUGAAACUAAUGGAAGAAGAAUGUAUUCUUGUGGAUGAAAAUGAUAAUGCCAUUGGGGCUGCCUCCAAGAAAGAAUGUCACCUACUAGACAAUAUCAACAAAGGCAUGUUACACAGAGCCUUUAGUGUUUUUCUAUUCAACACUAAAGGAGAAUUAUUGUUACAGCAGCGAGCUGAAGCCAAAAUUACUUUUCCAGAUCAUUUCACAAAUACAUGCUGUAGCCACCCACUAAAUGUGCCUGCUGAGAUUGAAGAAGCAAAUGCUAUUGGAGUAAUCAGAGCAGCGCAAAGAAAAUUGCAACAUGAAUUGGGUAUAGUACCUGAACAGGUACCUCUAGAGGACUUCCAUUAUUUGACAAGAAUUUUAUACAAAGCUGAAAAUGUUCCACAAGAUAAUAAAUGGGGAGAGCAUGAAAUAGACUACAUUCUAUUUAUUCAACGAGAUGUUGAUGUAGUAGUUAACCCUAAUGAAGUCAAAAGUUAUCGGUAUGUUUCCCAGCAGGAACUUACUGAGAUUGUUGAGAAAGGAAACAACAAAGAAUUGUUGCUAACACCUUGGUUUAAGCUUAUAGUAACAAACUUUUUACAAAAAUGGUGGAACAACCUUCAUAAUAUAGAAUCCCAGGCAGACAGAGAUACAAUUCAUCGCAUGGUUUAAAUGUCCAUUUCUUUGUACAUAUACAAGUAUUUCUAGUCUAAACAUUCUUAUGACAAAAUUUAGACUUGUACAAAAUGAUUUUUUUUAUUGUAUUCUUUUGAACACAAAAUGAACUUUUAAUGACAUUUAAUUGUACACGAUUUCUAAAUUAUUGGCUAUGAAAUAAAUUUUUAUAGAUGUAAAAUA